AUGAUGCUCAGCCCGGACCAGGCGGUGGACUCGGACCACCCGUCCUCAGCGCCGUCGGAUCCGGAGUCUCUGGAGGCCAAAGGGCUGCGGAGCUGCUGCGCGUCGGACUUGGAGGCGCCCGAGGGCGAAGGGGCGGGAGCGGGCGGAGAAGGCCGCCCGGCGCUGCAUCCGCAGCAGCCGCUGAGCCGCGAGGAGAAGCGGCGGCGCCGUCGGGCCACGGCCAAAUACCGCUCGGCCCACGCCACGCGUGAACGCAUCCGUGUCGAGGCCUUCAACUUGGCCUUCGCCGAGCUGCGCAAGCUCCUGCCCACACUGCCGCCGGACAAGAAGCUGUCCAAGAUCGAGAUCCUUCGCCUGGCCAUCUGCUACAUCUCCUAUCUCAACCACGUCCUCGACGUGUAG